AUGAAAUCGAUCCCGAUUAGCAUCGUUAAAUCUGAGAUCGGGUAUUCGAAUUUUCUCUAUUGGAUAUAUCCCACGAUACUUUUCCUUUACUAUGCAUACGACUUGUUCUUAACGAAGAGAAUUGCGCGCAAACAUUCCGCGCAUCCUCUCGUUGGCAGUCCCUCUUCUCUUGCGCCACGAUUUCUUCUGAAUUUAAUAUUUGCAAGUGGUGCAGUAAGAGUCAUUGAAAGCGGGUAUCGCAAGUUCAAAACACGUACCUUUCAACUCAUUCGUGGAGACGGCAAUGUCGUUGUACUACCACUCGAAAUCGUCGAAGAGCUAUCCACCAUCCCACCAAAUAUUGCGAGUCCCCAUGGCGCCCUCGAGCAUGAUCUUUUGGGUCCAUACACUGGCUUGAACCUUAUUCUUGAGAGCAGACUACAUCACUCUAUCGUCCAGCGUAAACUCACACCACGACUUCCAGCACUCACGCCGUAUCUAGAGAGUGAGCUUACAUCUGCAAUCGACGAAUAUUUUCCGACUUGUGAAGAGUGGACAGAAAUACAGCCUUUCAGGCUGCUGGGUCAAGUCGCCGCGAGACUUACGGCCAGAGCGCUGGUCGGUCCUGGACUUUGUAGGAAUCCAGUUUGGCUGGAUAUUUCAGUGAACUACACCGAGAGUUUAUUCAAAACCAUUGUCAUCCUGCGUUUAUUCCCAUCAUGGACUCACGCCUUCCUCAGCAAACUCCUCCCUUCAUACUGGGCCGGCCGGAAUUACGUCUCAUCCGCCAAAGCCCUUCUCGGCCCCAAAAUCUCCUCCCUCCUCCGCAAAAGCGAUGAAGGCACAUGGAGUCCCAGCGAAUCUCCUGACGAAUAUAACGUCCUCGCAUGGCUCGCCGACCUAGCUAAAGGCACGGACCGCGAUGCCAAUGCCCUCGCGCACGUCGAAGUCCUUCUUGCACUAGCAUCGGUGCACACGACGCUUCUUCGCAUGGUCAACGUACUGUACGACCUAGCCCAACACCCUGAAUACUUCCGCGAACUCCAGGAUGAGAUUGAAGAUGUGAGGGCGAGGAGGAGGGACUGGGAUCAUUCAUCCUACUCCCAACUCCAGAAACUCGACAGUGUGCUCCGAGAAUCACAACGGAUAUCUCCACCAACGAUCCUCGGCAUGAAACGCCUUUUCAAACAAGACUUCACCUUUGCAAACGGGCUCCACAUCCCCAAAGGCACAUAUGUCUGCAUGCCCACAUACACCAUUGAAAACGACCCAGCACACACUCCUAAUCCUACUACCUUCGACGGAUUCCGAAGCUAUCGAGUCCGCCAGGCACUGCAGGAUAGCCAGCAUCAGAAGGAAGCAAACGAGUACCAAUUCUCCUCGUUCGGGAAAACGGUGCUGAAUUUCGGAUAUGGGAAAGCAGCAUGUCCAGGACGGUAUUUCGCUAGCUUGAUUAUUAAAAUGGUGUUUGUGAAGCUGCUUACGGAGUAUGAGUUUAAGUUUUUGGAGGGGACAGAGAGACCGAAGAAUUUGAUUGUGCAUGAGUUUUUGUUUCCGUGGCCUUGGGAUCGGAUUUUGGUGAGGAGGAAAGAGGAGAAGGGGGUGUGUCCGUUUUGA